UCGAUAGAUGAACAUGGCGGCCGAGGUAUUUGAUGCUGCAUUGCGUUUCCAAUCUGAUUUCUACAACUUGUGGAUGACGCUUUGUGAAAUUCAAUUUACGAAACGCUGGUACGUUAUGCCGCUUUGAUUUUUUAUUAUUGUGAUAUAAUUAGGAAUAUUUUGUGAAAGAACAAACAAUUUAACUUUUAAUCUGUAAGAAAAUGGAGCUUACGGACGAUAAUUUGUUAACAUUAAGCGAAUAUUUAAAACAUACGUUAAGUCCAGAUACAAAUGUCAGAAGACCGGCUGAAAAAUUUCUGGAAUCUAUAGAAAUAAACCAGAAUUACCCUUUACUACUUUUACAUUUGAUAGACAAAACCGAAGUAGAUAUAACUAUAAGAAUCGCUGGUGCAGUUGCAUUUAAAAAUUAUAUAAAACGUAAUUGGAAAGUUGAGGAAGAUGCACAAGAUCGUAUACAUGCACAAGAUAGACAUGCGAUAAAGAAAUUAAUAGUUAAUUUAAUGUUGCAUUCUCCUCAUUCAAUACAAAAGCAGCUUUCUGAUGCUGUAUCAAUCAUUGGUAAACAUGAUCUUUUGAAUAAAUGGCCAGAAUUGAUUGAUCAGAUGAUAGAAAAAUUCAAUACAGGAGAUUUUCAUGUAAUAAAUGGGGUUUUACAUACGGCACAUUCUUUAUUUAAGAGAUAUAGAUAUGAAUUCAAAAGUGAAAUUUUAUGGACAGAAAUUAAAUUUGUAUUGGACCAAUUUGCAAAACCAUUGACAGAUUUAUUUUUAACAACGAUGAAUUUAGCACAGAUACAUGCUAAUAAUGUAGAUGCUUUAAAAGUUAUAUAUAAUUCUUUGGUUAUGCUUUCCAAAGUAUUUUAUUCUCUUAAUUUUCAAGAUUUACCAGAAUUUUUUGAAGAUAAUAUGGCAUCAUGGAUGAAAAAUUUUCUUAUUAUAUUAAAUACUGAUGUGCCAUCUCUGGGAACAACUGAUAAUGAAGAAGCAGGAGUGAUGGAACAGUUAAAAACACAGGUUUGUGAUAAUAUCUGUCUUUAUGCUCAAAAGUAUGAUGAAGAAUUCCAACCAUUUUUACCAGAAUUUGUAACAACUGUAUGGAACUUAUUAACAUCUACAGGUCAACAGACCAAAUAUGAUGCAUUAGUAUCAAGUGCAUUGCAAUUUUUGGCCAUAGUAGCAGAUCGUUCUCGAUAUAGAAAUUUGUUUGAGGAUUCAGGAACUUUGAGCAGUAUCUGUGAAAAAGUUAUUAUUCCUAAUAUGGAAUUUAGAGAUUCGGAUGCUGAACUGUUCGAAGAUAAUCCGGAAGAGUAUAUACGCCGUGAUAUAGAAGGUAGUGAUGUAGAUACGAGAAGACGAGCAGCUUGUGAUUUAGUGAAAGUUCUUUCAAAGUAUUUUGAAGCCAAAAUAAUGGAAAUUUUUGGUGCUUAUAUACAGGUAAUGUUACAAAACUAUGCAGAAAAGCCUACUGAAAAUUGGCGUAGUAAAGAUGCAGCUAUUUAUUUAAUUACAAGUAGUGCCACUAAAGGACAAACGCAAAGGCAUGGUGUAACACAAAGCAGUCAACUUGUUCCAUUACCUCAGUUUACGGCACAACAUAUUGAACCUGAACUUUCUAAACCAAACGUGAACGAAUGUCCAGUUCUUAAAGCAGACGCGAUUAAAUUUGUAAUGUCAUUUAGAUCCGUUUUGCCACAGGAAUUAGUCGUAGGAAGUUUACCACAAUUAGUUAGACAUUUGAGUGCUACGAGUAUCGUUGUUCAUACAUACGCUGCUUGUGCAGUUGAUAGGAUACUUGCUAUGAGAGGCACAGACAAUAAUUCCUUAGUGAAAGGAAAUGAUUUAAUGCCAUUAGCACCAGACCUGCUGAAAGGAUUAUUCGCAUGUUUGUCUCUGACAGGGUCAGAAGAAAAUGAAUAUGUGAUGAAAGCUAUUAUGAGAAGUUUUGGUAUAUUACAGGAUAAUAUUGUACCUUUCUUAGCAGAUUUAUUACCAAAACUAACAGAGAAACUAACAAUGGUUGCUAAAAAUCCGACACGUCCUAAUUUCAAUCAUUAUCUCUUUGAAACAUUAAGCUUAUCUAUCAAAAUCGUUUGUAAAACAAAUCCACAGGCUGUUUUAUCUUUCGAACAAGUUUUGUUUCCAAUCUUUCAAGAGAUUCUACAACAAGAUAUAUCAGAAUUUAUACCAUAUGUAUUUCAAAUCCUGGCUUUAUUUUUGGAACUUAGAACUACACAGGAAAUACCAGAUCCAUACAUGGCCUUAUUCCCUUGCUUAUUAGCACCAGUUCUAUUUGAACGUCAAGCUAAUAUUCAUCCUCUUAAUAGAUUAUUACAAGCGUAUGUUAGUCAUGGUUCACAUUUAAUAAUAGCACAAGAUAAGACCAGCGGCUUAUUGGGCGUUUUUCAAAAGUUAAUCGCGUCUAAGGUUAACGAUCGUGAAGGUUUCUUAUUAUUGGAAUGUAUUAUCGAACAUUUCCCACCGAAUACAUUGGAACCAUAUAUGAAGCAAAUUUUUGUAUUGCUAUUUCAAAGGCUUUCUUCUUCAAAAACAACAAAGUUUGUUCAAGGAUUGAUAUUAUUUUUCGCAUAUUACAUUAUUAGAUAUAAUGCUACUAGUUUGGUUAAUAUUAUCGAUCAAAUACAACCACAAAUGUUCGGUAUGGUUGUCGAACGUAUAUUUCUAUCGGAUUUACAAAAGGUCUCGGGUGAUAUAGAAAAGAAAGUAACAUCCGUAGGAAUGUCGAAUUUAUUAAUCGAUUGUCCACCGAUGCUUGAAAGUCCAUACAAUUCAUAUUAUCCGCGGCUUUUAGCUGCAUUAAUCGAAUUCUUCGAAUCGUCUCAAGAUGAAACUUUAUUACCGGAGGAUAAUUUAAUGCCUGAAUUUGAAGAUGCGAUGGAAUAUCAAGUUGGUUAUAGUCAGCUUAUAUAUGCAAAAAUGCCGAAAAAAGAUCCACUGCAGUCUGUUGGCGAUGUACGUUUACAUUUGGCACAAGGACUUGGGAGAUUAUCACCAGGACAAUUACCAGGACUCCUUGGACAAAUUCCAGAACCAAAUGCGAAUCAUUUAAGAAAUUAUCUUCAAACUGCUGGCAUUACAGUUGCAUAAUAUGAGCUGGAUAUCAGAAACAGACUGAAGAUCCAUUUGAUAUCACGAAAAAUAACAAACAUCAAAUUGAAUAAAUUGUAACUAAAUAAUGAGAUUUCAUAUAUAAUUUUUAUAAAUCAUAAUUUUCUAUGAUAUACAUUUCCGAAGUAUACAUAGUGUCUCGUUUAAUAAUUUUUCUUUAUGUAAUUUGAAGUAUAAUAGGUAUAAUAUUUAUUAUUAUUACGAGGCGCUAUUUAUUUUUCUCAUCUCAAUUAAUAAUGUCAUCGAUUGUGGGUAAAAUAAAAUUGUAGACGGCAUAGAAGAAGUAACGUUAAGAUUCGAUGAAUACCUCUGUCAAUUUGAUUGAUGCACACCCAAGCAGUCUCUUCCUUUUUAUUGAUUGAGUUUUUACGAGCAUACAGAUCAGCAGAGCGCCACUAUACUCUCUUCAUCAUUCAGAGCAGGUAGAACAGAACCGAUUCGUGGUUUGAUCCUGUCUGGUGAACAUGCUACCGACGAAACCUCAAGUCAUGUCCUGACGAACGGAUUCUUCCUACAUCCUGUUAUACUCCUACAUACGUUCUACGUGUUUCAUACUGGAAUGCCAUAGGGAACGAAGAGGAAAAUCGAAGAAUAACAUAAUUUAGAGAUGAAUGACUGGUGGGAGGAGGGAGAAGGAUGAAAGAAAAAAAAAAGUGAACAUUAAAAAAUUAAAAAAUAGAAAAAAAGGAAUGAAAAGAGAAUAAAUUUCGUUUCACUACGUGGAUCAAUAAAAAGUUAUUUUUCGAAGAUCAUCUUCAUUUCGAAUGUAGCGAAUGGAAUUCUCUUAUUCCUUGAGAUAUGUGCUUCAGGCCAAGUGCAAUUUGAUUUCACGUCGUAGGAUCUGGCUUAUACGAGAGAAGCAACCAACCAACCAACCAACCAACCAACCAACCAACCAACCAACCAACCAACCAACCAACCCGUUUCAACGAAAUCUCGAUGGGUGAGAUUCACUCUGCUCGGAGUAGUUAUUGAAAAGUUCGAGUGUCUCGCUUCGUCGUCGUCGUCGUCGUUGUCGUCGUUAUCGUUGUUAUCGUCGUCGUUAGAAAACGUGAGGAUGACGUUGAAAAAGGAUUCGCGAUAACGUUAGAUCUAUAUUUUCCUUAAUUGAAAGUAUUAGAAAAUCAUAGAAGAUUAUAAAAUCUCAUCUAUCGUUUAAUCACGAUAGACGUUUUGUUUAAAGUAAUCCAGAAUCAUAGUUAAAACUUUGAAACGUAGAGGAAUCUGUAACGUUGUAAUAAACUUUUCCUAUUUCAAUAAUACAUCAUUUUGUACGAGACAAUAGUAAGAAAGUUUCGACGGUUUUGUUAGACGUUUACUCAACGUCGUAAGUUUCCGACGUUAGUUUUCUUUACAUAGAAUUUGUUAACUUUAUUACGAUCACGAUUGGAUAUAAAUUAAUUAAUAUCGAUUGAUUUUAUUAUUGAACGAUGAAGUAUUUAAGAAUUAAAAUACUUACUUAUAAUUUUCUUUUAUUAUCUAUAGAAAGAUAAAAUCAUUGGCAACCUUUAGAAAGGUAUCCCCUUUAGCUCGGUUUUCCUCCCACUUUUCACCUCCUCCUUUCUUUUUUUUUUUUCAAAAAGAAUUUCAACGAACGUCGGUGGAAGCUUUCGAUGGCACGUCAAUUAUUAUAUUGUGGAUAUUUGUUCCUCAUAGCAUAAGAGAGCUUAAGCUGUAGAGAGCUUAGGAGUAGUACUUUGAAAACGAGACGAAUAGAAAGAAAGAAAGAAAGAAAGAAAG